AAAUAUCUGAAAGUCAGAGUUAAGAGAGUGACGAUGGCGCUUCUCGGCGACGACGGCCGAGGCUUCGAUCUGGCGAAGAGGCUUGAAGCUACCGGAGUAUGGCGGACAUGGCUCGGCGAUUCCAUCUACUUAUCAUUCAACCACUACCUCUCCUCACCUUCUUCCUGGGAAGCUUUCAUGCGCGUUGACGAAUCCAAGUCUAGGGCUCAGAUUCAGCUCCAGCUCCGCGUUCGCGCCCUUCUUUACGACAAGGCAACCGUCUCACUCUUCCUCCGAUCCAACUCAAUCUCCGCCUCCUCAGCUUCCUCCGAUGUUUCGAAGCUCAAUCAUAAUUAUUUACAGCUGCACGGUGAUGACGUGUACUACACUUUGGAGAACGCUUCUCCUGAAGGUGGGUUUCAGCGAGACGGUGGGCUUCGCCACAACCAGAGUUUGCCUAAGAGCUUAUCCAAGCCAAGUUUUAACUCUGGGAGGAGAGGUAGUGAGUCUGAUUUCAGCAAUCUUGCGCAAAGGUCCAGGUUUGAGGAGUUGCCCGACACUUGGUACACUCAGUUUAUUCCAAGGUGUGGUUUUAAAUAUGGGUUGUCUGUUGGAGGACAAGACUCUGACAAACGCACACCUGAAGAGAUGUCUACUUACCUCAGAGUCGUUGAUAUUCAUAAGAGAAAGCGCGCACCUUUUUUAGAAGAUCGAAGUGGCGGAGGCGGAAGCUCGGGCCGCAUGGGUAGAUCUAAUAUGCAUCCUAGCUCCGGAUUCGAUGGAAGUAGUUCGGAUGAUGAUAUACUUCUUCUUCCGGAGACGAUGUUUAGAAUGAACUGUGUACCCGAGACUGCCCUUUCGCCAGUUGCGAGAGCACAAGACGAUGAUGUUAGAACAGAGUUCUACGGGGUACUUGAUACGCUACCUCAAGUUACCACCAGGAGUCAUGCUAUGAUCGAGAGGCUUGGGAUGAUGCCUGAGUACCUUAGAAUGGAAGAACGAGGCGUUUUGCGCCGUAAGAAAGCUGAAAAGAUGGGUUUUAGUGACGAACAAGCUGCUCAGCUGUCACGGAAAGUUGUUGCACGCAUGCUUUUGACCAUGGGAUUUGAAGGUGCAACAGAGGUUCCCGUUGAUGUCUUCUCUCAGUUGGUCAGCCGACAUAUCUGUAAAUUAGGCCGUAUUCUGAAGGUUCUUACUGACAGUUACAAAAAGGAGUGUUCAGCGGUGCAGUUGAUUAAGAUGUUCUUAAAUACUACGGGAUACAGUAAUCUUGGGGGUUUAGCAGAGCUUGUUAAGGAUGGUACUAGGAUGAUUCAUCACCCCCAAAAUCAGAAACACCCACAAGUGCUUCAGCAACAGUUACAUAUGCAGCAACAAGCUCCUCCGCGGUUACCGCAGCAAAUCCAGCGGCAAAUGCAUCCACAGAUGCAGCAAAUGGUUAAUCCUCAAUCUUUACAGCAGCAGCAGCAACUUCUAGAGAGAAUGCGUAAACGUCAAGUUACAUCACCGAGACCUAAUAUGGAUAUGGAAAAAGAUCGGCCGCUGGUUCAGGUAAAGCUUGAGAAUCCUUCUGAAAUGGGAGUAGAUGGAAAUGCCUUCAACCCUAUGAACCCAAGACACCAGCAACAGAUACAUCAGCAGUUCAGGCAGCAGCAACAGAUUGCUGCAAUGUCGAAUAUGCAACAGCAGCAGCAACAACCGGGCUAUAACCAAUUCAGGCAAUUGGCUUCAAUGCAAAUUCCACAAAUGCAAACAACUACAACAGGAACGGUCAGAGCUCAACCCGUAAAGGUUGAGGGAUUCGAACAACUUAUGGGAGGAGACUCUUCUCUUAAACAUGAGACGGAGGAUAAGAUGAGAUCUCCACCUACCAAGUAGCAUUUGGGACAAACAAAUUAUACUUAUUUCUGUUGUACGUGUACACAAAUGCCUCCUAGGCUUAGGCAUUUUGGGUUGAAGCAUUUAUAUGAUAAUGUCUGAAAAACGCUAACGUUUGUUAUAAGAUAUGUGCAGAGCUGUUUAAAUUGA